GCUGUGGGCUCCGUGCUCCCCGCCUCCCUCGCCCCCUCUCUCUCUCUCUCCGCCCCUCGGUUCUCCCCCUUUCGGGCUUUCCCGCUCUCCUUCAUCUCUGUCUGGCUGCCAGCCUAUCUCUCCUUCUCAGGCCUCUUGUCAGCCCGCGGUGUUUCCAGGGACGGCUACCCAGCCACGCUGAGGGCUUCCCGGUGAGGGGACCAGGAAAGACACGCGGGAAGCCCGGCCUGCACCGGGCGCGGGAGGACGAUCAACGGCAGCAGGAUGGCGGUCAGCCUGGAUAAAGAGGCCUAUUACCGGCGGAUCAAACGCUUCUACAGCAACUGGAAGAAAGGUGAAGAUGAGUUUUCAAAUGUGGAUGCCAUUGUGGUAUCAGUGGGAGUGGACGAGGAGAUUGUAUAUGCCAAGUCUACUGCCUUACAGACAUGGCUUUUUGGGUACGAGCUUACUGACACUAUCAUGGUGUUCUGUGAAGAGAAAAUCAUAUUCAUGGCUAGCAAGAAGAAAGUAGAAUUCCUUAAGCAGAUUGCAAACACCAAGGGAAAUGAAAAUGCGAAUGGCACUCCUGCAAUUACACUGCUUGUCCGUGAGAAGCAAAAUGAUGCUAAUAAAGGCAGCCUUGAGAAAAUGAUUGAGGCUAUUCGAGGUAGCAAGAAAGGGAAACGUAUGGGAGUUUUCAGCAAGGACAAAUUUCCAGGGGACUUCAUGAAAAGCUGGUACGACUGCAUUAAUAAAGAGGGAUUUGAGAAGGUUGAUAUCAGUGCAGCUGUAGCAUAUACUAUUGCUGUUAAGGAGGAUGGAGAGCUGAACCUGAUGAAGAAAGCAGCAACCAUCACCUCUGAUGUUUUUAACAAGUUCUUCAAGGAGCGUGUAAUGGAGAUUGUGGAUGCAGAUGAGAAAGUACGACACAGUAAGCUGGCAGAGUCUGUCGAGAAAGCCAUAGAAGAUAAGAAAUACUUGGGUGGGACAGACCCAUCUACUAUUGAAAUGUGCUACCCACCUAUAAUCCAGAGCGGUGGCGCAUAUAACCUCAAGUUUAGUGUCGUUAGUGACAAAAAUCAUAUGCACUUUGGGGCAAUCACAUGUGCCAUGGGGAUACGCUACAAGUCAUACUGCUCCAAUCUGGUUCGCACUCUCAUUGUAGAUCCCACACAAGAAAUGCAAGAUAAUUACAACUUCCUCCUUCAGUUGGAGGAAGACUUGUUCAAAGAGCUCAAGCAUGGCGCUAAGAUUUCUGACAUCUACCAUUUGAUCAUGGAUCAGGUCAAGACGCAAAAGCCAGAUCUGAUGAACAAGAUCACCAAGAACUUGGGCUUUGUAAUGGGCAUUGAAUUCCGGGAAGGAUCACUCGUCAUCAACAGCAAAAACCAAUAUAAACUCAAGAAAGGAAUGGUAUUUAGUGUUCAUUUGGGUCUCUCUGACCUCCCAAAUAAGGAAGGGAAGAAGUCAGAGGAGAAGACAUACGCCCUGUUUGUGGGAGACACCGUUCUGGUGAAUGAGGAGGGACCAGCAACUGUGCUGACCAAUGUGAAGAAGAAGGUGAAAAAUGUCGGAAUUUUUCUCAAGAAUGAAGAUGAGGAGGAGGAAGAAGAAGAGGAGAAGGAUGCGGCAGAGAACCUCUUGGGUCGAGGUGCUCGUGCUGCUGCUGUUCUGACUACUGAUAGGACAAGGAAUGAGAUGACCGCAGAAGAGAAGCGUCGCACUCACCAGAAGGAGCUUGCCAAUCAGCUAAAUGAGGAAGCAAAGCGGAGACUAACUGAACAGAAGGGAGAGAAGGAAACAUUAAAGGCAAGGAAAUCCAAUAUCUCAUACAAAAAUUCCUCUCAAAUGCCAAAAGAGCCAGACAUUCGUGAGAUGAAGAUUUAUAUUGACAAGAAAUAUGAGACAGUUAUCAUGCCUGUGUUUGGUAUUGCAACACCAUUUCAUAUUGCCACAAUCAAAAAUAUUAGUAUGUCAGUAGAAGGUGACUAUACCUACCUCAGAAUCAACUUCUACUGCCCUGGUAGUGCCCUUGGACGGAAUGAAGGCAAUAUCUUCCCCAACCCUGAUGCCACGUUUGUUAAAGAAAUAACAUACAGAGCCUCGAAUAUGAAAUCUGCAGGAGAUCCCAGUGUGCCGUCUCUCAACUUGCAAAAUGCUUUUCGUAUCAUCAAAGAAGUACAGAAGAGAUACAAGACUCGGGAAGCUGAGGAGAAAGAAAAAGAGGGUAUAGUCAAGCAAGACUCUCUCACAAUUAACCUCAACCGUAGCAACCCGAAGUUGAAGGACCUAUACAUCAGACCCAACAUUGCUCAAAAGAGAAUGCAAGGCUCACUAGAGGCUCAUGUCAAUGGUUUUCGCUUCACAUCAGUGAGGGGAGACAAAGUGGAUAUUUUAUACAACAACAUCAAGCAUGCCGUAUUCCAGCCCUGUGAUGGGGAGAUGAUAAUUGUACUUCAUUUUCACCUCAAGAAUGCCAUCAUGUUUGGAAAAAAGAGGCACACAGAUGUUCAGUUCUAUACAGAAGUUGGAGAGAUUACCACUGACCUGGGAAAACACCAGCAUAUGCAUGACCGCGAUGAUCUAUAUGCUGAGCAGCUUGAGAGAGAGAUGCGACACAAGUUGAAAACUGCCUUUAAAAACUUUAUUGAGAAGGUUGAAUCACUUACAAAAGAAGACCUGGAGUUUGAAGUCCCCUUCAGAGACUUGGGUUUCAACGGAGCUCCGUACAGAAGCACAUGUCUUUUGCAGCCUACCAGUAGUGCUCUGGUGAACACCACAGAGUGGCCCCCAUUUGUGGUAACCCUGGAUGAAGUAGAACUUAUACACUUCGAAAGAGUUCAGUUUCACUUGAAGAAUUUUGACAUGGUUAUCGUCUACAAGGAGUACAGCAAGAAGGUCACAAUGAUCAAUGCCAUUCCUGUGGCUUCACUGGAUCCCAUCAAGGAGUGGCUUAAUUCCUGUGAUCUUAAGUACACAGAGGGAGUGCAGUCAUUGAACUGGACCAAAAUUAUGAAAACCAUUGUUGAUGAUCCUGAGGGCUUCUUUGAGCAGGGUGGCUGGUCUUUCCUUGAGCCAGAGGGAGAGGGCAGUGAUGCGGAGCAUGAUGGGUCGGAGUCAGAAGUGGAAGAUGAGACCUUUAACCCCUCAGAAGAUGAGUAUGAGGAAGAGGAAGAAGACAGUGAUGAGGAUUACUCUGAUGAAACAGAAGAUACUGCUUUUAGUGAAGACUCCCUUGGCAGUGAUGAGGAAAGCGGGAAGGAUUGGGAUGAACUUGAAGAAUUGGCCAGAAAAGCUGAUAAAGAAAGUUGUUACAAUGAAGAGGAAGAGCAAAGAAACACCAAGAAGAGGAAGAGCCAUAGCCGCACACCCGUACCUACAAAAAGGAGAAAGAAGUGAUGAAUGCAAAACAAUGUCAUCUGCCAGCACCAUUAUUGCAACCUUACUACAGAUUUUUUUUUAUUAUUAUUUUGGAAGAUGGAGUCCCGAGUCUUUGUUCCAAUUUUCUCUAUUCCUGUCCCAAUUCAAGCCUCUAUCAUCUCUUCCCAUAUCCGCAUUUCUUGCCUUCCUUCAUUUGGCCUAUGAGUUUGCACCAUGCUAUUAGGCAAUGAAGGUUGAAUGGACCAAUUUUUUUCUUUUCUCCUUCUGUGUCUCCAGGGCUGAUCACAAAGCUGGCACAUGAAAUGUCAUGCCUGUUCAACGUUUAAAAAUAUUCCACGGUUUUAUUUUUAUCUGGAGAGUGACAUUUCUGCUUCAGGGACACUGCAAUGGAGUGACAGUGUAGUAUUUAAGAACAUCUCUCAUUAAUCACCUGCGCUGGUUGAUUUGCUUGCCUCCUGUGCAUUUGACCAAUCUUUUUCUCAUUUUAUAGUGCAACCCUCUGUUUCUUGCGUUACUUAUUUAGAAUUCCAAUUAAUAGAUAUUUUGCUUUUUUUCUUCCCCUUUGCAAAAUAUAUUUUGUUUUAAGUAUACAGUCUGACAUAGUUUACCUCUCUGCUGCUCUGAACUAUUGUUUCUGGCUUUUUGGGGGAUUUUCUUUACAGGAAGGAUUUAAAUGUUUUGAGUAUAUAUAUAUUAUAAUUUUUGCCUCUCUUCUUGUGUUUUUCUCUCUUAGCAGUGAGAUGUAAACAGUGUUUUUCAGACUUUGAAGAAAUGUAAACAAACAAUAAAACCCUUUUUUUGUACUUUUUUUUUUUCUUUUUUUUCCCCUUUAAACUUGUUCGCCAUAGUUUUGGAAUUGUACCGUGAAUUCAGAUACAUUUUAAAAAAAACACUUGGGUUGAAAAGCAGGCACGUGUUAACGCCACCUCAGUUUUUCAGUCCUGAGCUAAGACUAUAAAUAAAACUAAAUUCCUCAGGGAUAAAACACA